AUGAUCAUGAGUUCCUCAGCCAUGCUCUUCAACCACGAACCGAUCCACUUUAACCGGUUUGAGUGCCCGGUUCAAGAAACCGGACUCACAACAGCCGACAUCCAGGAACUGCUGUCCCUGCUCCAAGAGGGAAACUCGGCCUCUCCAAACUCCGGUUCAGAGGAUUCGAACCGGGCAGUUUACUCGGUGGACGAGAAAAAGCUUAGGCGCAAGAAGUCGAACCGUGAGUCAGCCCGGAGGUCCAGAUGGAGAAAGAAGAGGCACUUGGAGGACCUGACCAACGAUGUGAACCGGUUGAAAGUAGAGAACCGGGAGCUGAAGAACCGGUUCGGCUUAGUUGCCCGAAAGUGUCACGUAACAUGGAGAGAAAAUGACCGGUUGACGUCCGAGUCCCUAGCCCUAAGGGCCAGACUUUCGGAUUUAUACCGGAAUUUUGUUGGCAUGCAGAUGCUGUCACAAUAAUAUAUAAAAUCCGAAGAGUAAUUAACAAAAUGAUCAUCAUCAUCAUCAUCAUUUAUAUUAAUAAGCUCUAAUUAACUGGUGAUUAAUUAGAGCAAGAUUAAAGAGUAGCAUAUGGUAUGGUUGGUCGGGGUACAUUUGGCUGCUUGAAAAUGAUGGGUUUUUCUUCUUCUUCUUAUUUGCUAGUUUCAGGUUCUAGGUCGUAGCUCCACGAAAAUUUGGUGGGGAUUAGGGCUAGGCAUUUAGCUGGCUAUAGAUAUCGCCAUGCAUGCAUAUGUAAAUAUUUUGGAGGAUUAUAAUGAAAGUGGAGGCUCUUUGUUUUCA